AUGGACCAGUAUGGCUUGAGUCUGCAACCCCUUGCUGGAGCUGACUACAAGUUCUACCGAGAUGUUGUGGAGUAUGGUGCUGACAACACAGGCAAGACUGAUGCCACAGAGGCAAUAAAUGCAGCAAUUAAAGAUGGCAAUCAAUGUGGAUUGAAAUGUGGGAACACAUUUGUAAAAGAAGCUAUCAUCUAUUUUCCUGUGUCUCAAGCCUGUUCAUUGCAGAAUCUGGUCUUCAACAUGCCAAAGGCAACUGAUGACAACAAAGUCACCCAUGUGGGUAUCUUCAUGGAAAAUGGUAGUGGUGGAUUUGUCUCAGACUUGGUGUUCAAUGGUGGUAGUAUUGGCUGGCGUGCUGGUAAGGAGACACACUCUGGCAGAGGGGGCAGCACAGGCCAAGGCAUAGACUCUGUCUCCAUCAUCGACUCUCAGAUCAUGAACUGUCCUAUUGGUAUUUUAACCAACACUCAGAAUGACAAGGUUAAUGGGCCCCUCAACAUUGUACUUGACAAUUUGAAAUUGUUUAAUGUUGAAACGACAGUUAAAAAUGAUACUGGUGAUGUCAUUCUCAAAGGCACUGAUUGGGUCAAGCUCUGGGCGAUUGGAUGUCGUUACAAGGAGUAUAAUGGAACUUAUACUUCAGGUGAAGUUGAUGCAUCUAAAAAGGGGACAGACUUGCUGGACAUAAACAGCAGACUCACCUAUAAAUCUCGCCCUCAAUAUGAAAACCUCAGAGUGGAUGACUUCCUCAUUGCAACAGAACAUAGCUGUAAAAAUGAUGGCACUGGGGAUAAUACAGCAGAUAUUAACUCUUUCCUUGAGAAAGUCAAUAAGAAUGGCAAGAUUGCUUAUUUCCCAGCAGGCAUUUACAUAGUUGGUGGCACUGUAGUCAUCCCAACUGGUUCUAGAGUGCAAGGUUCAAGUUGGUCACAAAUACAAGGUGCUGGAUUCUAUUUCAAUGAUCUUCACAACCCACGUGUGGUUGUCCAGGUUGGGGAGAAAGGUGAUCUGCCAUGUGGGACUCUCAUGUGCGUAUUGAAGGAGCUUUGGAUUCGGAUCUGGAUGUCAAAACCUGCCCAAAAUUCAAGUUUAAUGAUGCAUGUAUUUGUGCUUCUCUCCUCUUUCAUGUCACACCACAGGCCUCAGGCUAUUUUGAGAAUGUCUGGAUAUGAUUGGCAGAUCAAGUCUGAAGGGCCCUCUUGGUUCUAUGGCACUGGUUCCGAAAACACUGUCAUGUAUCAGUAUCAACUCUAUGGUGCAAAAAAUCCAGUUCCAAUAGCACCUUUGCCAUUUGACCCUGUCAAGGAAUUCCCUGGUGAUCCAUCUUUUGAUAAAUGUGAGGCUACUAGCUGUGAAGCAGCAUGGGCUUUACGCAUCAUCAACUCAAAGAGUAUAACAUUGCAUUCCUCAGGAUUAUACAGCUUUUUCCAGAAGUAUUAUCAGAACUGUGUUUCAACACAUAAUUGCCAAGAGCGUUCUCUUGAAGUCAGAGGCACCAUGGCGCAGUUUUCCAAAAUGACUCCAGUCAAAGGUAAAUACACAACAUCUGUUGAGUAUGGAAACCGCGGCACAACAACAAUCGGUGGGCGAGAAGUUCCCACAUUCUAUACAACAGUUACUACCAUCACAUUGACUAUAGACCCAAUCACCACAGAUGGAAUGCCCUACUCAAACAUCAACAUAAUUGAAGAAAAGACAAGUGCUUCUCUCACUGUACUGCCUAGUGUUGAUAUUGCACCCAUCCCUGUGCCAAUGCCAGAUGUUGACUGCACUGUCUCAACAUCAUUUACCAAGCCAGAUCAAACAAUUACUUCAGUACCAACAAAUACACCAACAACUACCCGGCCACUUCCAGUGUGGUCAACAUGGCCAGCUCAAGAAGUCACACCAAUUGAGGAGGAGGUGAAAAAACCAGAGCCAGGUAAAACACCUUGCAACCUCUGGUUUUUCUCUUUCUGUCUGAAUAGAGAUGAUGGUAAAAGGCUUACGCUGGAAUCUCCCACCGGGCAUAUACCCACCGGGCCCGCCACCCCCGCGCGCAAUAGAUCCUCCUCCAUCAUGGACGAUAAAGCCACCUCUCCCACCUUGGCCCCCAAUCACGGUUGGACAAGAUCGUAUCUUAACAUAUCCCAAAGAGGAGCCUACUAA